AUGGUACGGCUGUUGCGUUUCAACACAUUUCGCUCGUUUUUGAACAUGAGUGGAAACUCAAGACUUCAGCUCCUUCACCAGCAUCUUUCCAUAAAACCACACAGAUGUGUUGCGACAGAUUCAAGGGCAUCGCAGUUUGGAGAACCGACAAUUGUUAGUGUCGAUGUUGGGAGCAAAUACAGUGCUACGUAUCGCAAAUACGCUGCUGAUGAUACUGGAAAAAUACUCUCGUACUUUCAUGACGUUCCGCUAGGAUUCGAUGCCUCUAAGAAAACUGCCAAUAUGGUGGUGGAGGUGCCUCGAUGGUCCAAUGCCAAGUUUGAAAUCAGCACGGAGUUGGAUGGGAAUCCCAUAGUGCAAGACGUGAAGAAUAACGUGGUUCGAUUUGUCCGCAACUUGUUUCCUUAUCAUGGCUAUAUUCACAAUUAUGGUGCUUUUCCGCAGACAUGGGAAGACAACACAACCAAGCAUAAAGAUACUGGAUUAUACGGCGACAACGAUCCAUUGGACGUUUGCGAGAUCGGAUCGAAUGUUCUUGAGAUUGGUACUGUCAAAAGAGUGAAAAUUUUGGGCUGUUUGGCACUUAUUGACGACGGAGAGUUGGACUGGAAAGUCAUUGUCAUUGAUGUUGAAGACGAAUUGGCACCUCAGCUCAAUUCCAUAGAAGACGUCGAAUCAGUGUGUCCUGGACUCUUGGAGGGAACCAGACAGUGGUUUAGAGACUACAAGUUGGCCGACAAAAAACCACACAACAAAUUUGCAUUCAAUGGACGGUAUCUUCUGGCCGAAGAGGCACUCGAAGUUGUGGGUGAAUGUCAUUCUGCAUGGGAAAAGUUGAUAGGAGGUGAAGUAAAAAGCAAAGGAGAUGAGAUAUCGCUCCGCAACACCACACAGAAAGAGACUCCAGAGUACGCACCGGAGUUUUCUCAAGAAGAGCUUAUAAGUCCUGCGAUGCCCGACACAGCGAUUCCGCCCGAAAUCAGCAAGAGCCACUUUUUUCCGAGGAGCUGA